AUGGAGGGGGUGACCCACCAUUACGUGAGCUUGCCUACUGGCGUGCGGUUGCACUUCGUGGAGUGGACCCAAACGACCACCAGCGCAGGCAGUGGCUCGCAAGCCUCCGGUGCACGGCAGCUGCCGCCCCUCGUGCUGUGCCACGGCUGGCCCGACUUCUGGCAUUGUAAUAAUACCAAGAUAUUCUGGCUUUAUCAGAUAAAGGCGCUUGGUGCGGCAGGCUAUCGAGUGAUCGCUCCUGACCUGCGCGGCUUUGGCGAGUCGCAGGGUCCUCACGAGGUCGAGGCCUACGGCUUGCAGGAGGUCGCUGGAGAUCUCGUCGCCCUCCUUGAUGUCCUGGACAUCGCCAAGGCAGUGUUCAUCGGCCACGACUGCCGCGUUCUGGGCGUCGCGGCGCUUAACACCCCGUUCUAUCCGCCAAACCCGGAGCGCAACCCCCUGACCGCUAUGACCGAGAAGCCCGGCAACUACGACUACCAGCUCUACUUCAUGCAGGAGGGAGUGGCGGAGGCUGAGUUUGAAAGGGACGUGGAGUACGCCUUGGCCUGCCUCAUUCGGUCGAGCCACCCCUCAGACAUGGCACCUCUGCUGGAGGCCAAGACGCGCCUUUCCACCGCCAAUGUCCGCGAGCGCGGAGGCAUGCUGGUCGGUUUCCCGCCGAAGGAGAAGAUGAAGUACAGCGUGAUGUUCACGCCAGCCGAAUUCCAGUACUACGCAGACACCUUCAAGAAGAGCGGGUUUCGGGGAGGGCUCAACUGGUAUCGGAAUGUGGAGAAGAACUGGAGGUGGAACUGCGCACAGGCGAGCCACAAGAUUCUUCAGCCAUGCCUGAUGGUCACAGCGGGCAAGGACAGAGUGUUGCCUCCCUCGGCCAGCAAGCACAUGGAGCGAUGGAUCCCGAGGCUGUCAAGGCACCACAUUGAGGAGUGCGCUCACUGGACGCAGCAGGAGCAUCCGCAGGAGGUCAACCGCGCGCUGUUGCAUUGGCUUAACUCGAUCAUCAACGACCCAAAGGCGGCCAAGCUGUGA